AAGUGAGAUUUGAGUUUAUAGUGGGUGCACUUAUAUAAGUGAAAUUUGAUGUCAUAGUGAGUAAAGUAAAGCUGUUCCCGCAUCUGAUCCGGACAUUGGGGAUUGCCUUGUUAGUGAGACAACUUCCUGGGCCUUCGACAUAUUGUGGUAGGGGUGGCUAGUUCCUUUACCGCCGCCUUUACCUCCCCAGCUCGAAGUCAAGUGCCCAUUACUGCUGGGUGAGCAGGAAGGGGCGAAAAAAAAUCUGUGUCCGAACCGAGGCUCGAACCGGGACUUUCCGCUUCGGAGACGAGCGUACUAAUCGCUCCGACGCUACACCCUCGUCAAAACACUGAUUGCGAGAUAAGCAGAGAGUGCGAGGGGAAGAGAAACCAGGAGCAACAAUGCUAAGGCCAUCGUUGAUUGUGAGCCUCCUGGUGGCAGUCUACGUUUGUCCGAGAACUUUUCACACCGGCGCCUCCGCCCAGGAUGUAGAACUUACCCCCCUUGACCUGGAUCACGUCGACGUGGCUUCUGAGACUGAUCUUUUCGCUGACCUGGCAGACGACAGAUUCAGGCGAGAGGCGGGCGAAGCAGACGAUGACGCGAAUUGGGAAGACGAGGUGGUGGACAAUAUCGAGGACGUUGCGGACCACGCAAGAUCUCGACGGGCCAUAGUGUCUGAUCUAUCGUUGCGCUGGCCGAAGGGAAUCAUUCCAUACGUCCUUACAGACGCUAUAGGCUCAGUGCGUGCACGAGUUGGGUCACGCCAUAGGCUUCAUCCACGAGCACCAGAGCCCUGACCGGGAUGGCUGGAUAAGGGUGAAUGAGGAGAACGUCUUACCUGAGAACCACUGCAAAGACUUCCCCCUGACGUGUCAUAACGACGGUUUUCUCACGCUGGUGGAGGGUCAGUGUGCCUGCUACUGUCCUGAAGGGCUGGACCCUGCCACGGGAUGCGCAGAUAUAAUGAAAAAAGUACCGGAAGGAACAGAAUUCCCUGGAGGGAAGUGGGCGUUGCCAAUGACAACUAGUGGUUGUCCUGACGGUUCCUUUGAGGUGGGAUACCGGAAGCACUAUACAGACAGUGACGAAUUCAAGACUGGCCACAUCGAUUUCGCUAACAUCGUGAACUUCAGGGAUUACGGCGAGCAGUCAGGGGUUCUUCCUGACGGCCUCUUCAACGAGAAGAAGACACAUUUCAACUACUGCUGCAAGGUCACCGGCUUUGAGAGAUUCCCCCUUUACCUCCCUACCUCCAAGCCUCUCGUCCUGUUUCAACCAAGGUUGUCUUUCUCCUGCCAGAAAGUGUUUGAUUCUGUGGCUCCAAAGUUGGUCAAUCCAUCAUCAGUCACUACAACACGAUGAUGAUGCAGUUCUACACACUCCAGGGCUCCCAGUCCAGCUUCAGGGCAACGUUUACUCUUGUCAAAGACAGCGAUCUGUGCUACAACACAGAGGACCUCGGGGCCUCCUACGCCGGCGAUGUCUACUACACACGGUCCUUUGUCCAGUGCCUUAACUGGACUGACGUGACACACUGCCCGUUCCACGCUUUCAAAAGCGACGGCAUUGGCAAAAACUUGGACAUGAACUAUUGUCGUAACCCUGGCAACGGUUUCCAGCCCUGGUGUUACACAAGCGUCACAGAAUGUGCCAGAGACUACUGUGACGUCUGCGAAACAGGUUCCCGUUACGACACGGCGGACAACUGUCAGCAGCUCCAAGAGGCGGGAAACUGCACCAGCGAUCCUCUAGCUCUCCACAAGUGUGCCAUGACGUGCAAGAAUGAACUUCCUUUUGUUCCGACAACACAAAACGCGAGCUCAGUGACGUGUCCCUUCCCGCCGCCACUUCCAGACGGGACCUUGACCCUGACCGGAAAGACAAGCUAUCAGGUUGGGGAGAAGGUCACGUACAAAUGUAAGGACGAGAACUCCAACUCAACAGUAGACAGGACGUGCCAGAGUGACGGACUUUGGUCACCAGCGCUUUUUGCUUGCUUUGAGUGUGAUCAGGGCUGGACCCUGUUCCAGGGCAGGUGUUACAAACACUAUGACGAGCCACACAAAUACCCCGAGGCAGAGAGUACGUGCGCAGAGCAUGGAGCCUAUCUGGCAAUAGCAAGAGAUGAAGUCACCAACAACUUUCUGGGCACUCUCAGACACUUUGACUUAGGCGCGUACUUGGGUGCUCAGAGUCAGCAGUUGAAAGACGACUGGUUUUGGGCAGACGGAUCGAAUUUGACCUGGACCAACUGGAGAACGGGCUUCCCGUCCUUGAAGAACGGCAUUUGGCGAUGUUUGAAGCUCCAGCCAGAUGGUCAGUGGACGGACAGAGCCUGCAGAUUCCACCUCGAGAGAUUCAUCUGUGAGAAAAACUCUUACGACAUUCAGAAUCGACCAUGUGCUGAUUCUCUGGCCACCUGUAAACAACUUCUUGCUGCUCAACCCGACAUGUGCAAAAAUUUCUCAGACUUUUCAGCAAGAAGCUGUGCACGAAGCUGUGACCUUUGCAAUGGUUCUGCAGGUUGUGAGCUUACAGACCCUACAGAAAACGCGGAAUUUGUCCACAAGUCGUACCAGCGACGAGAACGUGUCCCAGAGGGCACCGAGCUCUUCUUCGCCUGCAAGGGUGACAUGGUGCGCAAAUCUGGUGACGCGGUGCGCAUUUGCCGGGAGGGAUUGUUGUCCGGUGCAGACCUGGUAUGUCAGGACAAAACAGCUCUAGUGAAAUGCAAGCUCGACCGCCCGAACUCUCUGGUCACAAUUCUGGGGACAGAGGACUGGAACUCAAUCACCCUGGCUUUCGGGAAGUGGGCGCGCUACCAGUGCCAGUCCGGGAGCCAGAGGGUCAAGGGAGACUACUGGCGGAAAUGUUCCGAGGACGGGACGCUGGGUGGCGAGCCCUUGGUUUGUGAGAAGAAACCGACAUCUUUAGCCAAAUGCCAAGUGGCACGACCACGUCGCCCUGUCCUCGCUCUGAGGCCUCGCAAUGGCGGAGUUCUCGAGGAGGGGAAGAAGGCUACGUUCUGGUGCCAACCUGGCUACACCAGAAAGUCCGGGGACUCCAGCAGGACAUGUCUGUCCAGCGGCAAACUAUCCGGUCAACCACUCACGUGUAAACGGAGGAACAGAGGCUGAUGCAGAAAAUAAAUGUUUUCCAAGUCAACUGUACCGACGUUAUAGGCCACUGUCUUCAGUAAGGAACACGUUAGGAACCUGACAGACGCUGUGCUUCUGUCUGUUGGUGCCAUCUAUACCUGGAAAAUACAUACAAUUUGCAAAUUAUAAGACCGAGGCAGUCUCAGUGAACGAUGAAGACCAUAAUGGUAUGGUUCUGUUUAAUGGAGCUUUGUUUUAGUCUCUUUGAAGUGCUCUUAGAAUAUCAAAAGUCUGUUGGGCCCUUUUAUUGUAUGUUUCUUUUCGAAUUGUAGAUGCCUUUUUAGUUAGGGUGGGUUUGAUUUACAACAAUUCCUUCUCAAACGUGUUCACCCGUGCGGAUACCUGCUGUAGUGUUUAGGUUUCUUUCUCGUAAACUCUCUUCUAUUUUCUACUUGUUCAACCUGUCCUGAACUGCCUUUUUAAAAAGUUAACUGUUGCUUUGUAUUCCCCUGCCAUAAUCGUACAAUACAGUGUAUCUCAAAGUGUGGGUAAUGUUUCUCAUGUGUCUCGAGGAUGUCCGAUGCUAAUGUAGGUCAAAGACACUUUUCGUCUACAAUAGUGUUAUUUACAGCCAUACAUACAUUACAAUGUGAUGGUACUGUAUAAUAUAAAAUAUAAUGAAAAUUAUACUCGCUAUUUUAGGCAAUUUUGGUUAGUGCUAAAAAAAGGGAAAAGAAACUACAUCUUAUUUUUUUUUCUUCUGAAAUUCAGUGUUUACUCACACACAUACACCAUACAUGGUUAAAGCUGUGUGUCGAUGAUUUGUGAAGGCUUAGAAUGUGGGUGGUUGGCGGGUGCUUUGGUGUGGAUGGCUCCUUUUUUCCUAUCAAACAUCUAUUGUCUUUAUCUUUCCUCUUUCUUUUUUGCGUUUGUUACUCUUUUGUAGCCCUAUAAUCUUCGGCACUUAUAUGACCUAUUUGUUUUGCAAGUGCCAAAAAAUACUUACUAAAACAAAGAAUUUGACAUUUUUUACCUUCAAACUUACACUGAAAUGUGAGGACAUGAUUGUGUGGCCAUCUCAAAAUCAGCAAUUAGGAGGUUAGGUUGUUCUAAAUCAUUUAUUUUAUUGAUCCUUUGCAGGUACACAAAGAGCAGUUUUUAAUAUAGUGCCCAAGUACAGACACUUCUUUAGUAUGAAUAAAGAUUUUUUAGAAAAAAGAAUUGUGUGGUCUCUGGCCCGCAGAACUGCCAUGCAAAGUUUCGUGGGCAUAAAUAAAUUUACAUGAAGGAGCUAGAACUUUUUUUAAACGCGGACUGACGAAAGUGAACAAACCAACAACAUGGCCAAUGUGUUGUUUGGUACGACAAAAAGCAAAUCUUUCUUACUGCACUUUGAGCUGCUGGUGCCCUGCCCCAUCAGUUUGUUGAAAAGGUCACAUCCGGUAGUAAUAGAAUAUAAUAAUUAUUUUCGUAUUAAGGUUUACAAUGCCAAGAUCUGAAAUAAUAGUAUGUGAAAGACAAAGCAUAAUAUAAUAUCAUUAUUUUCUUUAUUGUUUCGACAUGUAUUGAGUUCGAUAUAUUUCACUCUCUGGGUUGCUUUUUGUGUGUGACUGUAGAGCUUUUGAGAUUAAUUAUGAUUGCUUCCAAUAAAACGCAACCUUUUUCA